AUCCGGCUCCAGGCGUUGGGAAGCGGCCGCUUGAGACGUCCCCACGCGGUGGCCAGCGCCCGCCUUGGUGGCCAAUGGUACCUGGGGGUGGCCGAUAGCUCCAAAGGAGGCACCAGCACCCUCUUUAGAUGGGCUACUCAUGAUAGGGAGUUAGGGGGAAGACCGGCUCUGGUGGUCUGCAGUGGGACCAGGAGGCCCUUGGUCUAUAGGUGGAGUGGGGUGGCCUUCACCCCCCACACGGACAUCCCGCAUGUGCCUGAUGUCUACGCGGCCAAGCACUUCAGGAUGAGGGGACACGUGUUGCUCUGCUCGAGGUUCCUCGGGGAUGCUAAGGUGAUGCGCUGGGAAGGCUCCAUGUUCCGGGAAGUGCAGCAGGUCCCAGCACGUGGCUCCAUGGUCUUCCAACCCUUGGCUUUGGCCGGUCAACGCUACGUCCUCCUGGGCAAUGACUAUGCCCCGAGCCGUGUCUAUCGCCUUGGUCCUGGUGGCCACCUCGAGCCCAUCCAGGAGCUCCUGGCCCCAUCUCCUCGCUCCUUCGCACCCAUCUCCUUGGGUGACCGGCACUUCCUGGUGGCCUCCAGCUUCAAAGGGGCCACCCAGAUCUACGGGCACAUCACCAUUGACCUGGGGGCUUGA